AGAUAGAAAAUUAUAAUCAAGGUAUGCUAGGACUCUUUAUAGUCUAUCAACAUUUUUUCGCUACCUCUGAUAAAUAUCAACCACAUGCAAAAUUGCCGUGGCUCGUUGAGGGUUAAGAUCAGAUAAUUGCGAACUCGUGGCUAGAUUUCUGUCUUUAUAAGAGAUGCGUAUCUGCAAUUCUGGGUUGCAGUCGGCGAUAGUCACAAAACGUAGGUCGACGCAGAUGCGUCGAAAGCGUCAAAGCUCAGCAUCUCUGAAUCGCCAACGGAACAAAAAAUGGCAAAAGAAGCGCCGCCUGUGCGGCUAGACGAUGCCCUGGAUCGGGUUGGAUUCGGUCGGUCUCAGAUUGAAAUUUUGAUAGUGUGCAGUGCCAUUAUGAUGACCAUUGUGACUGAAACUAUGGGUAUGAGCAUAAUACUGCCGGCUGCCAAAUGUGAUUUGAAAUUGGGCAGCGCGGACCAAGGAUUGUUGCAGGGUGCCACUUUCCUGGGCAUCGUGAUGGUUUCGUACGUUUGUGGUUACUUGUCCGACACCAGAGGCCGGAGAAAGAUUAUGAUGUACUCGCUGUAUGCCACGAGUGUCUGUGCUUUGGCAUCUAGCGUGGCGAACAGUACGGUUCUGUUGCUCGUGUUGAGAUUAUUGGCUGGUAUCUGUAUAUCUGCGCCUUCGGCAACCGUAUUUGCAUAUCUAGGGGAAUUCUGCCCUCCAGUUAAACGUUCACAAAUUAUUUCAUUCGGUUCCGUUUGGGGAAUGCUUGCCAUGGUCUACGUUGCAUUGUUUGGUUGGUGGGUUUUAUCGUACAAUUGGGUUAGGGAAAUCUCAACAGAAUACUCCUUCAAGCCAUGGCGUCUUCUGUUCUUGGUAUAUAACCUACCAGGACUUCUAUCAGCAAUUGCGCUCAGUUGGCUACCCGAGAGUCCGAAGUUCUAUUAUUCAGCUGGUCAGACUGGUAAGGCCCUUGCUGUUCUGAAGCAUUGUUACAGAAGAAACAAAGGCACGGAUAUAGGUUUCUUAGUUGAAAAACUGGAGCCAGAGUCUAUACAGACUGCGCAGAAAAAAGGAAUAUUUGCUUCACUGUGGUCUCAAACAGUACCGUUGCUGAAGUGGCCCAUGGUUCUCUACUUUUCAGCGGUCUGCCUUCAACAGAUUAGUGCAUUUGCAGCAUACGGUGGACUAGGUCUGUGGUAUCCGGAGCUUAUGAAUCAGCUAACAAAUGCAGAAACCGAGCUCACGGUCUGUGCCGCCGUUGAGGAAUCCUUCGCGAAGAAAAACCUAAUGAACAGCACCACUACUGAAGUUUGCUCGUCGGUUAUUCACCAAAGCACCUUCAUAUAUUUGAUGAUCAUGGGUCUGUUUGGGACUUGCUGUGCUCUGUUGUCAGCCCUUCUUCUGGGAAAGUUUAAUCCAAAGAUGUUGGGAAGAGUAAACUUUCUGUUAGCUGCCAUUAGUGGAAUCUUGCUGCAGUUCACAUCGAACCGGUAUCUGAUCAUUGCUUUGUUUUGUUGCGAAAUAAUUUUGGCCGGGUAUUGCAUGGUGUUGAUCAACAUGUGCUCGGUGGCGAUCUUCCCUACCCAGGUUCGGGCGAUGGCCGUUUCGCUAAGUCUGAUGAUGGCUCGGUUGAGCAGUUUCACUUUCAGCAGUAUAGUGGGAUUUGUAAUGGAGGAGAACUGCGCCGCUACCUUUUACAUGUUCUCCAGUAUUCUGGCAAUAGGAGUAUUGUUAUCAUUUUUGUUGCCAAAGUAGCAAAUAGUUUUAAAAUCAAUGGUUCGAAAAUAAAUGAAAUUCAUACAAGAACACCGCAGUGUCCUUCUUUUGAACACUUGAGAAAUUUUUAACUGGAGAUAAAGAGUCCUGAACCAUUAAUCGCAUGACUUAAGUUUCCCGAAUACCAUGGAUGGCAACACUCCUCAGGUCGGCUUGUCCAGUGGAAAGAAGUGCUAUUUUUUUGCGGGGAGGGAUAAAUCGCACUGAAAUCAAGAGUGACAUUGUCAACCCAUAAGAGUGUGUUGAGGAGAAAUCUGGGAGCUAACACAGUUUAUUCUUGGAUUGGAACGUCCACGAGGAAAGACGCUGCUCUCCGAACCAAAGGUGCCAGAGGUGUCCUGAUUUUCGAAAAAUUAUCUACACUGAACCCAAAUUCACUCUUAAAAUACACAUGAUUUUUCACUUAAAAACAAGGAUCCAGUGAUUUUCUUCCAUUCAAGUGCGACAUGUACAUUUCACUUGGCAGUUACUUAAAUUUCAAGUGAAUUCAUCCACAUUCACUUCAGUCGUCAAUUGAAUUUGAAGUGAGAAAAAAUAUUCACUUCCCCAUCACUUGAAUUUCAAGUGAAUGUCAGGUUGUAAUUGUGUUUAUUUUCAGAGUUCGAAAUGGCAAAUUCUAAAGAGCAGCGUUUAAAGCUUAUGCUGGAUUUGGAUUUUCCCAAUUCUUUAAUAGGCAAUUUUGGCGGUAGUUUGUGUUAAACGCGAUGUAAGAAAAAGUUAUUUAAAGGUGUUAUCAUGUUUCAGCUUGUUGGUUGAACGGGACAGGUUUUUUGGUUUGCAGCAGGGAAGAUUUAGAAGUCGCACUAUCCGCAGUUACCGAUCUGCCUUGGGAUUACGAUGGAAUUUUCCUUUCGCCAUAAAUUUAUGGCGAAAGCGUAAUGUAAGUAUUUGAAAUCGUAGUGCUGUUCGUUAAAUGUUCUUUUAUUUAAAAACGCGAAAGAUAAUUAACUAGAAACAUACUUAGAAACUCAGAUAAAUUUCACUCGAACGUCCUAGUGUAAUUCACUUGACCGGUCACUUAAGUGAAUUCACUUGACCCAUCACUUAAAAUUCAAAUGAAAUUACGUAUGGCGAGAAUUUACUACAGAUGUCACUUAUUUUUUAAGUGAAAAUUAUUUUGGGUGUAGACUACAGGGUGACAAAAAAGUCCGGUCACACAGAAAAAUCUCAAUAUUUCAAAGAAUAAGAAAAAAAUCAGAAUCUGACUUUCAUAGCAUUAUUCAGUAACUCAUCAAGAUACUUCACAGACGAUAUCUCGGAAUUACACCACCUUUCUCUGAUCGAACCAGCUUCAAACGUCUCGGAAAGUCGUCGCAAGUAGCGCGCACGUCCGGUCUCGUAUAAUCUUUUUCAACCUUGAAGUUCUCACAGACCUUGCUCGUCCAGAUCGAUUUAUGAUCUGGUACACGAAUUUCCGGUUGAUUACGAGCGGUUUUAGUGUUUAAAUAUGUGUCCGGGAUUGUACCCUCUCACAUAUUCAGCGAUAACAGCUGCUCUCAACUCUGCCACUCACAACUUAAUGUACACAAUCUGCACAGAAACGAAACUCUGCCACUGUGGGCAUCAAAGUUAGCCCUUUCAUUUGACAUAUAGAUGGCACCAGAGAGAUACAACGUAUAGUCCUAUUUGCCGCUGAUAGUGUUGAUGAUAUUAUGCUGGUUGUUUCACCAACACUUUUUAGUUUUGGGACAAUCAACCUCAAAAACGACCAUGUUUGUCGACCGGCUGUCCGUUUUUUGUACCGAGAGUUUUGGAGGUUAAUUGUACCGUCUCAUCUGUACACGCUCAGCAAGUGUGCGUAAGAAAUGUCAAAAACAACUCUAUAGGCUACAGGC